AUGGCCGAAGAAGAACAAGAAUUUCAAUUGACUGAUGACCAAGUAUCAGAAAUUCGAGAUGCCUUUACUAUGUAUGAUAAAGAAAGAAAAGGUGAAAUACCAACAUCAAUUCUUGGCACGGUUAUGAAAAAUCUUGGACAUAACUUAAAACCUGAUCAAUUGGCUGAAUGUAUCGAUGCAGUUGAUGGUGAUGGUAGUGGUACUGUUGACUUUGAUGAAUUUCUCGCUUUGAUGGCAAAGAAAACAAAAGAGGCUGAAGAUGAACGAGAGUUACGUGAAGUAUUUCGUGUAUUCGAUAAAAAUAGUCGUGGUGUUAUUGAUGUAGCAGAUUUAAAAAUGAUAUUUAAGGCACUCGAUCCAGAUAUGCCAGAUGAUGAAGUUGAACAAAUCAUUUCGGAAGUCGAUGAAGACGGUUCAGGCACUGUUGAUUAUGAAGAAUUUUACAAGUUGAUGACUGGUUAA